AUAUACUGUAAACUUUUGUACUGUAUUUGUGCGCUGAGUGAAAGAACGAUUGCUUCAGCUUAUGACGUUGAGAGAAUUGGCCGAGAAGUCCGACCAGGAAGUGAAGUACUGGAAGAGUCAAAAGUCGAAGUUGUUCGAGAGUAAUUGCAACAUCGAGGCGAAUUUGGACAAGCUGUCGCAAAAGGUGACCAAAGUCGAGGAAAAGAUAUCGGAGAACACGAGGACCCACAUCGCGAAGAAGCAGGAGCUGAAGGAUCUGCAAAGCACGCGAACGAAUUUAUCGCACAAGCAAUGGAAUGACUGUUUGUCGGAAACGGGAAGAUACGCAAAUGACUUUUCUGAGUGGAUAACGAACUACUCUAGAAAUGUUUUGAUGAAGGAGAUUGAGAGCCAUCGGAAGGACUGUAGUAAAGUUAGCGAAGAACUGGCGGUUUUAGAACAAGAAGUGAACGAUAUGAGAGAAAAGUACGACUUGGGCUAUACCGAAGCUAACGUGGACGAUGACGACCUGUCGAACCUUGAUAGUGCAAUAUUCGACGUCAGAUCGUGCAAUAAUAAUCUAAUGAAGAACGUCAAACUGGAGGAGGACACGUUAAACAAGCUACAGAGUAAAAUAAAGCAGAGCAACAUCGCCCUUCACGAGUCUAAGGCGAAGAAACAGACUAAUAUGUUCUAAUAUAAUCGAUUUCCUCCUUUAAAUUGAAUAGAAAUGGAUUUAAACGUUGUGACAAAAUAUAAAUUAAAUAUGCAAUUGUCGUAUAAAAAUUAAUGCAUAAUUCGCGAUGACUCGCGAUAACUUUUUAAAAUAUUGUACAUGUUAAGUUGUUUUUAAGUAAUUUGAGUUAACAAGUUGAUUUCAGUAUCGAUACAUAUGUACUCGUAUAUUAAUUAUAAAGAUGAUCUAAUUUAAUUUAUUGUAUAAUUGGACAUAAGUUGUAUAAUUUAGUUAAUUGUAUAAUUGAGUAAAAAAAAA